UAUGUGGAGAAUUCACACGUUUGAAGGCCAGGUAGAAGGGAGAUUGGAGGCCGGAGCCAUCGGUAGAUGACCUAUCGGUGGAAGAGGGGAAAAGGGUUGUAAGCGUGGGAAAGGAGAAAGGGAUGUAAGGAACGCGGCUGACCGUUCCUUACACUUGCAUGCCGUCGCAUAAAAGGACGCCACACGCAUGACGUUUUGGCAAAACUGAUCGAAUCAAUUCAUGAAGAAUACCAAAUAACGGAUAAAUUGCGUGGGUCAACGACAGACAACGGUUCCAACUUCCUGAAAUGUUUUCGUGAAAAGGGUGCUUCAUCUACGCUUCCGAAUUAUGAAGAAGAGGACAAUCAAGAUUACUAUGACGAUUCUGAGAUGAAGAGAUGGUUUAUUUUGAAAUCGGAGAGAUAUUGAAUGACCAUUCAGGAGACACACUAUUGAGAAACGAAAAUUUGACACUACCUGUGCACAGACGGUGUGCUUGCCACCUACUCAGUUUAGUUUCAAAAACCGAUGUCCAAAAAAUCCAAGACUACCUAUUCGAACAAUUAAGAUCAACUGUUUUCGAGAAACUUCAGAAGAUAUGGAAUAAGCAAAAUUCCAGUUCUUUGAAUUCUGACAUUAUAGUGCGGCACUUAGGUAAACUCUUCGUUGUUCGAAACGAAACGCGUUGGAAUUCCGAGUACAAUGCUGUAAGCUGUUUUGUUCGAUUAUUGAAGAAGAAAAACCGUGCAUUGAAGAAGCUUUUGAAGAACUAAAGCUUGAUUUCAUAACACCAAAUGAAGAACAAUUUUUAAAAGAGUACGUUGUCGUAAUGAAACCUAUGUGCGAUUCCUUGGAUAUAUUACAGGCUGACAAACAUGUUGGAAUGGGGUAUUUAUUACCAACUCUUACUGUGUUGAGAAAGAAGUUGAUGUCUUUUACGGAUGACACUUCUAUUACUCUUUGCCAGGCUUUAGUCAAUAGUCUAUUGGAUGCGAUUCAUUUUCGGUUCGACAAAAUGUUCACUGACAACGAACUUCGACUAGCAACGAUAACGAAUCCCAUGUUUAAGCUCUCGUGGCUAGAAAAAGAUGAAGAUAUUGAACGUGCAAAAAGUUUGCUAACUUGUGAAUAUAAUCGUCUUAAGGGCAUCGCACAAGAGGCUUCUUCAUCAGAUGAAAGCAGUGACUGUUCUUCAUCUUCUCUAUCUGGCCCAAGCCCAAUAAAGCGACGAAAGAAGAAUUUUUUUGCGUCAAUCACCAAAAAACGAAGAAAUAAGCGAUGUGAUGAUGAGGUCGACAACUACCUCAAUUUGUGUGACAGCUUGGAUAAACUGUGUGACUAUCCAAUUAUCCAACAAAUUUAUAAACGCUAUAACGUGACACUGCCCUCUUCUGCAUCAGUGGAAAGACUUUUCAGCCAAGGAGGUCUGAUUUACUCUGCCAGACGUAUGAAAAUGACUGACAUACACUUCGAGAUGUUACUGUUCUUAAAAGUGAACAACAAGACUUUCAAAGACUGGUGACAUUGGUUAGGUUUUGAUUACGCGAUUGACAGACUAAUAUAUCAGUGAUCUUCUGAA